GGCGCGGUGAGCGAGAUUCCGCCCGCUUCUUGUCGUCACGAGGGUGACGAGAACCGCCAUGGGACAGGGCUCCGUCGUAAUGAUAGGCUUGAACCCCUCCCCGUCGAGCAUACCUUACUUGAGCCCCCAUACCGAGCGGUUUUGCUCCUGUUGACCUGCCUUUGCCCGCGUCAUCUGUCGGUUGGAGUCCACACCUCGAUUUCAGAGAGUCUCACGAUCAUCCCUUUGAGUCCCGCCUCUUGCACUGAGAUUACUACCUGAUAGUUCCCUAUGGGGUAUUUCACCACUAUUCCUGAGGCAUGGCGCCUCUUUACGCCAGUUGAGAGACGCAACAUCGCCAUAUACAUCGUCGGAAUCGUGCUCUACAAGUUUGGACUCGAAGCUUUCAACGGCUCAGUUGUCGCACUUGCCACGAACCGCUAUGAUUAUGACGCGUCCAUCUCCAAUACGGCCCCCAAGACUUUUGAGCGGAUCGGUCUCUUGACGGGCCUGAACCAAGCAUUCCAAGUGGUUGGCUCCAUCAUUAUUGCCCCCUUGAUCAAGCGGUAUCCGACACAGAAGGUCCUUGCUGGGGCAAUCCUUGUGUUCGGUAUCUUUUCGGCCAUCCUUUUGAUCGUAGACGGGGCAACCGGAGGACAAUUUCUUCCAGAAGCGUACCGAGGGGUUGGAAAACACCCCAAGAACCAGUAUUGGUACUACGGCGAUUUCAACACUGACGGGAUGAUUCCGAUAUACUCCAUCUGUGGUAUUGCUUACGGCAUGAUUGAGCUAAUCCGACGCGUUAUUCCCCGGGAUAUUGUUGGCGGCAAUGUCAAGAAGCUCCGGGUCAUGGACUCACUGGUUCACGUCUUCAACGAACUCUCUGGUACGGCUGCUGCAUUUUGCACAGCCCUCGGUCUCAUUCCCAACCUGGGCAACAACAAAGCCUUUCUUAUCACCCCGCCCUGUUUUGCGCUUGGGGCUCUCGCCUUCUAUGCCGUCAAGAUCACCACUGUCACCAAAACAGAGGAGCCUAAGGGCGGGUGGGGCUUAAGAUCUUUCGCAAAAGCCUUGUACACCAGCUUCCUCGUCUUCUUCGAGUCCAUCUACGUGGGUGGCAAGAUCCUUCUUUCCUCAAGGAAGUUUGCCUGGCUUAUCCCGGCCUACACGAUUGCUCUCUACGGGCAUCGCUACCUUGAAUCCGGCAUUGUCCCGCCCGUCGCCCGUCGUUACUUGGGUGAAUCGUCGUGGUCCCAGAUCAUCAUCGGAGGGUCCAAUCUGGGUGAGCUGAUCGGCGCGCUUCUCGUGCUCUUCAGCUACAACCUCAUCCCCACCCCUAUCCCCUGGAUUCGCCUCGACGCCCUCACGCUGCUCGUGGUCUGGUACAUGCCCUUCUGGCGGCCUCCCGCGGGCGACGUGUCCCAGGCCUGGAUCGCAGCGGCUACGGUGCUUCCCGUCUCCAUGUGCUGGUCUGCGGGUGACGUCUCCCUUAUUGCGUACAUCCAAGCACUGCUCACGCGGACCGAAUCCGAAGAGGAGAGGGUUUCGACUCUAGGAGCUGUCAUGGCGUUCUUGUACUCCAUCAACAUCAUUUUCGUUGCGGUCGCUUCGCCUCUUCUCGGGCGGUACAUUGAUCAAGUGUACACCCAGACCGGUGGGACCAGCGGCGGCAAUAUCUACGAAGCCAUCAAGAACGUUGGCGGUGUUCAGUUCACGGUGAUUGCCGUUAUUGUCCUGGCUUCGACGUUCGUUCCCAGGGGCUCGUGGGCACUGAAUCCUCAGAUGCUGUACAAUGAGAAGUAUGAUAAGGACGUGUCCGACGAGGAGGCAUUGCCAAAGAUACCCGUCGGGGAGAAGGCUUCCCAGGAUGAGAAGUGCAUGGAUGAAGUCAUCACCGCGGCUCCAAACCCAACAAUCUGAAGUUAUUCACCACGGCCGGGCUCUGGUUUCGCUCUCCCCUUCAUGAUAUGAUUACGGUCUGUUCAAGCUGCUUCCUUUCUACCUAUUCAGUUUAUCAGGUCCGGCAGGGUGGAUGCUGCGGGAAUCGCUUCAUCUCUUGUCGCUAUUCGUACGCUGAUUUCAUGCCUGGUAACUCGAUAUUCAAGUUGGAUUCAUUCUGAUUGGCAUCCGUGCCUGUUGUAUGAGGAUUUGCUCCCGCCUUCUCAGCAUCUGAACUUCUGAAGCGCCACCUCAAGGGGCGAUUCAUCGAUUUCACCGACGUCGCCUAGUUGUUGGUUUAGGAAACGGCAUGAGGAAUCCACUUUACACAC